CCUUCCAUUACAAUCUCUUCAACCAUGGCUUCUAAGGUAAGGGAUGCCAUCUGAGUACGAAGGUAGAACAACCAGACCUGUGAUAAUGAGGGCUCAAUUUGGUCCCCGUAAAUCUCACUUCUUCUGAGAAAGAAGUCAUGCCGACAUCAUCAUUCUUCCUAGUUUUGUUUCAUCACCUAGAACCUUUCCCACCCAUUUUUUCUGCUUGUUUUGAUGCUUUAAAAGAAGUCAUGACCAUCCGCUUGGUUUUCAUCCACUAUCUUCUUGCCUAUGGGCGAUUGCUCUUUUUAUCGCAUCAGGAUUGUUCUGCAACUUCGAUGAGGCUCAGUGUUCAUAAUUGUUUCUUCUGCUGUUCUGUGUAUCAGCCCAGGUCAGAACUGAAAAAUUCAGUAACUCCACGUAAGAACACUUACAGAUCAGAUGGAGCUUGAAGGCAAAGAGGGAGUCGUACCUACUGGUUUUGUGGGGUCUGAAGAGAAUAGUAAAUCCAUGGGCAAGGACAAGAUUCAAGAUGAUAACAAGAACACCGUUCCAUUCUACAAGCUCUUCUCAUUCGCGGACUCCGUGGACAUAAUUCUGAUGAUUCUUGGAUCACUAGGCGCUCUGGGGAAUGGGAUUGCUCUGCCUCUCAUGACUGUCUUGUUUGGAGGUUUGAUACAGGCCUUUGGAGGAGCUUCAGACUUUCAUGAUGUGCUUGGUAGAGUUACCAAGGUAGCGUUGGAAUUCGUGUACUUGGCUGUAGGAGCAGGCGUGGCAUCAUUCCUCCAGGUGGCUUGCUGGAUGACUACUGGGGAAAGGCAAUCUUCUAGAAUAAGAAAUAUGUACCUGAAGACAAUUCUACGGCAAGAAAUAGCAUUCUUUGACAUGGAAACCAAUACUGGUGAAGUCGUUGAGAGAAUGUCCGGUGACACUGUCUUUAUUCAGGACGCCAUGGGCGAGAAGGUUGGUAAGUUCAUCCAGCUACUAUCCACAUUCUUUGGGGGAUUCACAGUUGCGUUUGCCCAAGGUUGGCUUCUCACUCUUGUCAUGCUCAGUGUCAUCCCCCCCUUGGUUGUUGCGGGAGGAGUCGUGGCCAAUGUUGUGGCCAAGAUGGCGUCAAGGGGACAGGCAGCUUAUGGGGAAGCUGCUAACAUUGUUGAACAGACGAUUGGUUCAAUUAGGACAGUUGCUUCUUUUACUGGGGAACGAGUGGCAGUGAAGAAGUAUGAAAACUCAUUGGUGAGUGCCUACGAUGCGAGCGUGCAAGAGGGACUUGUUACUGGAUUAGGACUUGGCACGGUUGUGCUAUUCAUGUUUGGUGGGUAUUCAUUGGGAGUAUGGUAUGGAGCAAAACUGAUACUUUCAAAAGGUUACACAGGUGGCAGGGUGCUCAAUGUUAUAUUUGCCAUCCUCACUGGAUCCUUUUCGUUAGGCCAGUUAGCACCCUGCAUGAAAGCUUUUGCUGCAGGACAAGCUGCUGCUUACAAGAUGUUUGAGACAAUCAACAGGAAACCAGAAAUAGAUGCCUAUGAUGACAAAGGAAAGAUGCUUGAUGACAUUCAAGGGAAUAUUGAAUUUAGAGAUGUUUAUUUUAGCUAUCCAGCCAGACCAAAUGAACAAAUCUUUCACGGAUUUACUCUAGUCAUUCAGCAAGGAACAACUGUUGCAUUGGUUGGUGAAAGCGGAAGCGGAAAGUCGACUGUCAUCAGUUUGAUCGAGAGGUUUUAUGAUCCACAAGGCGGAGAAGUUCUCAUAGAUGACAUAAACCUCAAGGAAUUCCAAUUAAGGUGGAUUAGAGGAAAAAUCGGGCUCGUGAGUCAAGAACCAGUCCUAUUUGCUACUAGCAUUGGAAAUAACAUAGCCUAUGGCAAGGAUAAUGCAACUAUUGAGGAAAUCCGAGCUGCUGCAGAGCUUGCUAAUGUUGCCAAAUUUGUAGAUAAGUUGCCCAAGGGUCUUGAUACUGUGGUCGGUGAACAUGGAACACAGCUAUCCGGAGGUCAAAAGCAAAGGGUUGCCAUAGCCAGAGCAAUUCUGAAAAAUCCUCGCAUUUUACUCUUAGAUGAGGCUACAAGUGCCCUUGAUGCAGAAUCAGAGAGGACAGUACAAGAAGCACUUGAUAGAGUCAUGGCAAACCGUACUACUGUUGUGGUUGCUCAUCGAUUGAGUACUAUACGAAAUGCCGAUACCAUUGCUGUUAUACGUCAAGGAUCAAUAGUUGAACAAGGUUCACAUUCAGAGUUACUAAAGGAUCCGCAUGGAGCUUAUAGCCAAUUAAUACGCUUGCAAGAAGUGAACCAGGAUUCAGAUAGUAUAAAUGGACAUGAAUUGCACAAAGAGAAUAAGUUCUCAGGAAGAACAUUAUCCUUUCACCAUUCCAGCAGCCGGGGUUCAUCUGGAAGACACAGCAACAGCCACGCAUUACGAAUAACACAUGGUUUUGAUGUUGGAGCAGAUGUACAAGACAUUAUAACUCAUAAAGCAGAUCCUGAAAUCCUCACUCAAGACUUGAAAGAAGUACCUCUACGUCGAUUAUCUUAUCUUAAUAAACCGGAGACACCAAUGCUGAUUCUUGGGUCAAUUGCUGCCAUAGCUAAUGGGAUCAUAUUUCCCGUAUUAGGAAUACUCAUAUCAAAUGUGAUCGAAGCAUUCUACGAGCCACCAAACAAGCUCAAAAAGGACUCAAAUUUUUGGUCAUUAAUGUUCCUGGUAUUUGGUGGGUUAUCGUUAGUUUCCCUCCCAGCCAGAUCUUACUUCUUUGUAGUCGCAGGAUCCAAGUUGAUUAGGAGGAUUAGACUAAUGACAUUAGAGAAGGUGGUUAACAUGGAAAUAGCAUGGUUUGAUAAUCCAGAGAAUUCAAGUGGUGCGAUUGGAGCAAGACUAUCAGCAGAUGCAGCUACAUUGAGGAGUCUUGUGGGUGAUGCACUCGGAUUAACUGUUGAAAACAUCACAACAUUAGUUGCUGGGUUGCUGAUUGCUUUCCUUGCAAAUUGGCAACUCUCUUUGAUUAUCCUAGCUUUGGUGCCUCUUCUUGUUCUAAACGGAUUCGUCCAAAUGAAGUUUGUAAAAGGAUUUAGCAAGGAUGCAAAGAUAAUGUAUGAAGAAGCAAGUCAAGUUGCUAACGAUGCAGUGGGGAGUAUCAGAACAGUUGCUUCAUUUUCAGCCGAAGAGAAGGUUAUGCAAAUAUAUAAGCAGAAAUGUGAAGGUCCGAUGAGUAAAGGAAUCCGACAAGGGAUUGUCAGUGGUGCUGGAUUCGGUCUUUCCAUAUUCUUAUUGUUUUGUGUCUAUGCAGCUAGUUUUUACGUCGGAGCACGGCUAGUUAACAACGGAAAAACCACUUUUGACAAAGUAUUUAGGGUCUUCCUUGCUCUCUCAAUGGCAGCUGUUGGAAUUUCUCAGUCAAGCUCCUAUGCACCAGAUUCCUCGAAGGCCAGAUCUGCUUCAGCUUCCAUAUUUGCCAUUCUAGAUGGAAAAUCUAGAAUAGAUCCAAGUGAUGAUUCAGGCAUGACCUUAGAAAGAUUGGAAGGCAGCAUCGAGUUUCGACAUGUCAGCUUCCGGUACCCUUCGAGACCGGAUAUCCAAAUUUUUCAAGAUCUUUGCUUGACUAUCCAAUCCGGCAAGACAGUUGCACUCGUCGGGGAGAGCGGCAGUGGAAAAUCAACUGCCAUAUCAUUGUUACAGAGGUUUUACUCCCCUGAUUCUGGUGAUAUACUUCUAGAUGGAAUUGAAAUCCAAAGGUUACAGCUCAGGUGGCUGAGGCAGCAGAUGGGGCUAGUGAGUCAAGAACCGAUUCUGUUUAACGAUACAAUUCGAGCUAACAUUGCUUAUGGAAAGGAGGGGAUGGCUAGUGAAAGUGAAAUCACAGCUGCUGCAGAACUAGCAAACGCCCAUAGAUUUAUUAGCAGUUUGCAAAAGGGCUAUGAAACAUUGGUCGGGGAACGAGGAGUGCAGUUAUCAGGCGGCCAAAAGCAACGCGUUGCGAUUGCUCGUGCGAUAGUGAAGGAGCCCAGAAUCUUGCUACUGGAUGAGGCAACCAGUGCUCUUGAUGCUGAAUCUGAAAGAGCAGUGCAAGAUGCUCUGGAUCGUGUCAUGGUCGAUCGAACCACGGUGGUUGUGGCGCACAGAUUGUCGACCAUAAGAGGUGCUGAUGUUAUUGCCGUUGUCAAGAAUGGAAUGAUCGUCGAAAAAGGGAAGCAUGAAUCUUUGAUCAACGUUAAGGAUGGGGUUUAUGCAUCCUUGGUGGCACUUCACCUGACUGCCUGCUCAUGAUCGUUUUAUUUAUUUGUCUUUAAUCUUUCUGCCUGCAUCCACAAUUCCAGUUCUGAGACUUGUGUUUUUCUAAUUAAUCACUACUGUGUUCGGUUUUCUGAUAAACAAAUUAAAGCAAAUAAAUAAGUGAAAUGUUCUUUAUAUAAUAA